GACAGGUAACUAAUUAGCGUGGGAAAGGCGAAGUUAAGGUGCGGCGGAGUCACAGUGCAUCCCAUGGAAUAUAAAUCUCAGUGAUGUGCAGCGGGUUGGUGCCAAUCACUUUAGUUUCCUUUAGUGCAUACUAACCAGUCCAGAUUUGAUUUAAAUAAUUAAAGACGCCGGCGAUCCGUGAAUCACCUGUUGAUAUCAUCGAAAAUAGUGCGUUUCCCAUCUCACCUGGUGACAGAGAGCACUCGGCCUGUGUGGGUUUGUUUUCAACUCGAGACUCCUUGGCAUCUUAUUGGAUGGAGUGAAAUGCAUAUACAACGGAUAGAUGCGUGUAUCUUUUCUGUCGUUCAGUAUCUUUCGGAUUGUUCUGAGGGGCAAUAGUGGCUGGGAAGUCAAUUGCUGGCUAGUUGGGUGAGCGCUACGUAAACCAAAGUAGAUUUUCCAUUCAUAAGUAGGAAUUCGGCCGCGACGGUACCAAGUUGAUGCUUCGGAGACCGAAGGCCGUUGAAUUGUAUCUGAAGAGUUUUAGUUGAAUUGAGAAGUGAAGAAAGUGCUGCGGCUUUUAUCAAUUGAGGUUCAAAGUUGUUGUGGAGGUCAUUGCUCACACAUCCCGCAAGUGCACGCUAGUUUACGCUCAAGUGAUAAACCACAGUGAUAAGGCGAAAACACUGCAGUGGAUAAGAUUGUGUCCAGAGGAGUCACCUCUAGAUUUUUCUCGGUGCUGAUGUGAUUGAAGAAGUGAUUCAAGUGGUUCAGCGCCUCCUCCCCUUUGUCUGGGGCUAGAACGACGCAAGUGUGCAGUGUGUUGGAGAGUGCAUUACCUCACCCUAAACCAACGCGACUUGGGAAAACGUGGAACUGUGAAACCCAGAAUUGUGCUGCACAAAACCCACCUGUCAACUUUCUCGUGUAUAAUCGUGUGUGGUGUAAUAAAAACGCACACAGCUCACAUCUCGUCUCGUCUCGACACCUUCGUGCCUGUACCGUUAUAUCGCUCGUCUCUCUCGGGGAAACAAACGCGUUUCGUUCGGACUCACGCUUGCUGGCGGCCAACGCGAUUCGCGAAUCUUGCAGAGGCGCGGCGCGUUCAGUGUUUGUAGAUUUUCAUAUGAGCGAGAGGAACAUGUUUAAGCAUCUAAUCUCACGGAUACAUAGAUGAUAAGCAGAUAACGCUGAAGCAAUCUCAACAUUUCGUCAGACAUACUGAAAAGGUCAUCUUUCAUCAUCGUCGCUAGUAUUACUUAGGAACAGGCGAGACUUUUUGUUUCAAAAUCAGAUUGGGGUAGUCCAAAAAUGCAUGAACUUUUCACGAAAGUUCUAUCGAAACGUGAUCUUUCUCGAGCCGGCGAUUUAUUUACGGUAUCUGAUUCGGAAAUUGUUAAUGACCUAACCGAGGUGCUUACAGAAAUAGAACCGAUCAUCUCACAGGCGGACUACUUGAAGAACACCAAUGAUCAGUCGGUGGUAGAGAUCUGCGUAACACGAGUGCUAUCAUGUAUCCGCGAAACAAAGACCGCAGAACGUUACUGCUCGGCGCUAGUUGGCCUUCUAGAAACUUGCCUCAACUACAAUCUGCAGCCAACAGGAGCCGGCCGAGAUGAUCCGCCACAUGCAAAAAUCUCAGCUGAUAUCAUCUCAAGUAUAUUCUUGAAUUACGACAAAAAAGAAGUGAUGAAAAUCGCAUUACCGGUAGCUGUGAAAUUCCUUUCGAAAGGAAACAAGGAACUCUCUACGAACUUGGCAAGCUACUUAUCACUGGCGGCCAUAGAUUAUGCAUAUCUGUUAAGUCCUCAUAUUGAUCCGAUAUUGGAGUCUAUUGUCGCCGGUAACUAUGGCUUAUGUCGUGUACUUUCACAAAUUUAUGAGGUAUCACCAGAUGAAUUGGCACCUCAUGCAUCGCUGCUUGUUUCGCUCCUGCCUCGUUGUGAUUGCCAAGAAAAAUUAUCUCUUUUACAACUUUUCACGCUUAUCGCACAAAAAAAGCCAACGGUCCUCGAAUCUAGUGUACCACAACUAUGUGAGUUUUUGUGUGAUGCAGCCACUGCAUCGGCAACUAUGUCGGUUCUCCUGAAACUGGCUGAGAAUCGUCCCAAUCUUAUUGCAAAUUAUUUUGAUAAGAUCAAAGCGGCGGCUGAAGAAACACCUUCGACGGUAUCAUUGGCCGCUCAAAUACUAGCGACCUCGGGUAAAAUUAGCAAAGACAAAGCACAAUUUGCAUUAGAUUUUGUACUUGAGCAUUUACCGCAUGUUGACCGUACAUCACAAACCGUAUUACUGCAUGAAGCAACUAAGUUAUGUUCAUCGUAUCCGGUCUUAUUUACUGAUAAAGUUCUGGCAUGUGUUCGACAGAAAAACUCACUGAGCCAACAACAGUCAUCCUCCACUCAAGUUAACAUCAACAAUGGUAAUAAGACAUCAGGCGGUGUUACUAUCGUUAAACUGAACUCACCAACAUCAGGUGCGAAUGCAGGAACUACAACAACAUCUGGACCACAAACUCAUUUGGGAACGCAAGUGAAUGGAACAGCUUCGAUAUCGCCGUCGGGGGGCCAUGUUCUUACCAUUCAUACAUCGACUAUUACCACCCCUAGUACUAAUAACAAUGCAAUUAGCACGCAUAGUGGUGCGGCUGCUGUUCCGCCCACACCACCGCAUACUGGCUAUACGCGCCGGGCGAAAUUGGGCGAUUCAAGAAGCACGGGACGGUUACAUCCGUCUAGUAAUACGCAUCGAAGCAUGACACGUCUUAAUAUAGCUGGAGGUUCAGUGGGUGGAUUACAUAAGAGUAUGACUCGAUUAAGUUCUUCGCAACAAAUCAAUCAGAACGGUUCAAAUUCGAAUAAUGUAAAUAGUCAUUCAAGUGGAAAUGUAGCACAGCAAGUAGCUGCUGUCCUAGGGAGUCCAUCAAGUCCAACUUAUGUUACUCCCGUGCCUCCUUUGAGUAGUAAUGUGAUAAUAACGGGUCAUAACAAAUGGGGUAUACCAUCUACGAAAAUAACAUCGGGUGGAGUGACAGUAACAACGUCCCCAACUAAAGUCAGGCCACAUUCCCAAGGACCUAUCACACUAUUGGGUUCGACUGGGGCUCUAGGAAAAUACAGUGCCGAUGCAUUGAAUCAAUCGUCAGGUUCGAUAGCAUUACAACAGAACAGCAUAUCAGUUCAUCAUGCCUCUCCAGCAUCGCCACCCCUUCAAAAUUCAAAUACACAAAAAUCUGUGAUGACUCUUCCCAUCAAUUCUACAAUUGCUGCUGAAAAUGAAGUCGUUGUAUCCGGGCCCACAACAGUAACGUCUCGUCGAAAUGAUAACACAAGUGUGACUUUACUGAAUGCCAACAAUAGCAUCAUUAAUCAACGCAUGAGUACGUUCGAACCAUAUCAGAUAAUGCGUGAUCCUGUGCAACAGUUUUGCGAGAAGAACUUCCAGUCGAUAAAAAAAUAUAUGGAUCAAGUGUCGCAACAUUUGCCGCCACCAACACGGUGUGGGAUUGAAGAACGUCGUACGAAAAAAGUGGCAAAACUACAUUUCGCCUGCCAAAUACGCGGACCGCAUUGUUUAUAUUCAAAAACAUGUUUUACGAUGCGUACCCGAAAUCCAAAAACUUGGAUACAUUUAAUGUUUUUAGAUUUUCAAGUUAGAAAUUAUGUGAAAGAGAAAUGCGUACUUAGUACAAGGGAGCCGGGCAUUAGCAACUUAAAAAAUAUUUGGCAAAUCCUUAAGUUUGAGAACCGAACAUUUACAGAACUAGUGACUAGUCAUUUUCCAUCACAGAAGGACCAAGAAAUUCUCGUAAACGAACUACGUCAUUCAGGCUUUUUAGAUGUAUUUGAAGUAAUUAAGACUGAUCAGAGUAAGCCGAAUGCAAAUGAACUUGAAUAUCAAUGGGGAUGCUUCUUAUGUAAUCAUCCCGACAAAGCAGUUGGUUUUCUGCGAGGCAACAAUCAACCGAUGAUCGAAGGCCAGUUGAAGGAGAAGAAGGGCAAAUGGAGGUUAUUCCGAAGGUGGCGAACUCGAUAUUUUACACUAUCGGGAGCACAUUUGUCCUGUAAAGGAUCGAGUGGCGGUGAAAGCAUCGAUGUCAAUCAAAUACGCUCUGUGAAAGUAUCACGAGGAGCACGUAACAUACCUAAAGCGUUUGAAAUUUUCACUGGCGAUCAAACAUUAAUCUUGAAGCCAAAAGACGGUAAAAAUGCUGAAGAAUGGGUUCAAUGUCUCAGCAUUGCAGUGGCCCAUUCGCAAGCACGUGAUAAUCCAACGGCCAAAACGAAUAGUCUUCCAGCACGUGGAUUGGGGAAUAGUAGAACAGCGUUCUGAGGAAAAUUCUCCGGAAGAGCAACUCCGUUAAGCGAUCGUUUAUUAUAGUUUUUUUUUUUACAUACGUAAUAUGUGAAAUUCAGAGAAUUAGAAAAUAAUAUUGCGCCUAGUUUAAAAUUUCCGGCAUAAAUGCUUAAAUAUUGAUUUGGAAAGUUCUUAAAUAUCUUCUAUUAUUUAUUUGAUAGCGGUAAAUAAAGACAAAUUAUGUAUUGUUGAAGACAACAGAAAUAUGAAGAUCUUGAAUAGAUAUAGAUAUGAUAUUGUCAGAUUAAUUUUUUUACAUGUUAAUUCUAGAGAUUUUAUAUUAAAAUGAUUUUAAAAUUGUUA